GAUUGACACACCCAAAUAAGAAAUCAAUUUCCGGUCCACAAGAAGAAGAAAAGGAAAAACAAGACAGGAAGCGAGAAACUCAAGAGAAAGCAAUCAAACUGGAUUUUUAUGAAAUUCACAACAAAAGAAAAUCAAUCAUCAGUUUGAUUAUAUACUUUUUCAGUUGCUGAAUUUGAGUUCGUUGAUUGAAGGUUUUUCAAUAAAGAUAAAAAGAGAUGCAAUCAGCUAUGUUAUUGAAUCCUCCAUCUACCUGUUCUUCAUACCCUUCUAGAAGCUUCCAAACCCUAGAAUCUUCAUCUUCCUCAUGCUCUCCUUCUUCUUCUACCACCACUCUCUUUCUUCCUCCUCCUCCUCUUCUCAAGAUUUCCGGCUUCUUUGGAACUCGAUUUUCCGUGUUGACGAGGCGUAAUGCGUCAUCGCGUGCCGUCCGUAGUGCUUCACGGCAGCAAGUUGUAAAGGCUGUUGCAACUCCAAAUUCAGCAGUAGAAGAGUUACCACUUACUGCAGAAAACAUUGAGAGUGUGCUGGAUGAAAUUCGACCAUAUCUGAUUGCAGAUGGAGGAAAUGUUGCAUUGCACAAAAUUGAUGGCAAUGUUGUUAAGCUAAAACUACAAGGAGCUUGUGGCUCCUGUCCAAGUUCUGUCACGACGAUGAAAUUGGGAAUUGAGCGUCGUUUGAUGGAAAAGAUCCCAGAAAUUGUUGCUGUUGAAGCAGUACCAGAUGAAGAAACUGGCCUUGAGCUUAACGAAGAAAACAUAGAGAAGGUUCUUGAAGAGAUAAGGCCGUAUCUCGUUGGGGCAGCUGGUGGAAGUUUGGAACUUGUGGCAAUUGAGGAGCCAAUAGUUAAAGUUCGAAUCACAGGUCCUGCAGCUGGUGUAAUGACUGUUCGUGUGGCUGUAACUCAGAAACUGAGGGAAAAGAUCCCAGCAAUUGCGGCAGUUCAACUCUUACAGUAGAAGUGUUUGCACAGCUAUCUUUUAGUGGUGCGUCUGUGUCAUAAGCAGACUAAAUAGGAGCAUGAUUGGCUCAGUUAGCGUGAAGCCUUCAUCAUAUACUAUACUGCCUAUGUACCAAAAAAGGAAAUAGUAAGCUCUACUUUGUACAGUUGCGCUGCAUUUUAAUUUUUCAGUCUGUAUGUUCUAUAUUGUAAUAUUUGGAUAUGGCACCCCGGAGAGGGAAUUGCAAUACCCAGUUUGUGGAUCAAGAUGACCCUGACGAUUUGAGAUGUCAAACACGGAAUGUCUAGGAUUUUGGGAUCCGAACAACAGUUUAGAUAAUCAAAAGAGAGGUGAAUUUA